CUUUGAUGUUCCGCGUGAGUCGUCAAAAAUUGGAGAGAGCUUUCGCUGUCGCCGCUCGUGGUUCAGCAGAUGGACUUUGCAACUUGGUUAAAAAGCGGGGAUAUUAUAAUCGGGAUUGAAUUGCGAUGUAAUAAAACGACUGAUGAGAGAAAUAAGAUAUAAGUAUAAUAAGCGUAAUGCUAAUAUGUGGUACCGUGUCAACUGUUUUCUGUAGCAUAUGCGAAUGUAUGAGCACAGGCUCGACAGGAAAAUUUAAAAAUCAAAUGUAUUAAUAAAUUUACUUUAUUUUAUCGGACGAUUUAUUUUUACAUGGGUGGAUUUCAUUCAAACCGGAUUAAGAGCUUACACUCGUGGGCCCACGACCUUAAAGAACCCAUCUCGAAUUUUACUAGCCUACCCACUGUACAAUUAAUGUUUCAGUACGUCGGGGGAACAUUUUUUUAGUGUUUCAUACGUAACAUCACUUUGAAACAUCAAUAAGCUGUUAUAUGGUUGUUUUUUUAAGUUAAUACAAAUUAAGUACAAAGGAAAUAUCCAUGUGAUAUCAUUUUGACUUAGUACAAAUUUGGUACGAAUGUAACAUACAUACUACGUUCCUCCGAAAUAUUACACUAUGUAUUAAUAGCAUUCUAUUAUCAUAAUUAUGAUAAACGAUUGCUUGGAAAUUUAAUUUUAGAAAUAUAUAUUAAAAAACAAAAUAUUUUGUCAUACGACACUGUAAUUGCCUAUCAAUACCUGGAAAAUCCAAAAACCCAUGUGACGUAUGUCUUUAUCUUUUAUUUUAAGGGAUCGGCCACAAACGACCAACAACUCUGUAGUAGACACGAUGUUAUGUUAUGGACAAUCUUACAAUUGUUUAUGUUAGACAGUAUACUUGUUUAAUUAUUAUUAAGUGUUUUUAAUUAUUAUUAAGUGUGUUUAAUUAUAAUUAUUAUUUUUUCUUAUAUUUUUUAAUAAUGGCUGAACAAACAAAAAAGGUUUCCCUUAAAUGGCUUAUUGUGCUGUUCCCUGAGCACAAUGAAUAUAGUGUUGUACCAACGAAUUGGGUCACAAAAAAUGAAUUAACUCAAGUAAAUUAUUGCUACUGGCCUCCAGGCACUGUUAACAGUGAUGUUAUACAAAAAGCAGAUGAGCCGGGGUUAACCUGGAAAAUGUAUAGAGUAAAAAUUUAUGGUGGAAAUAAAACUUUUGAUAAUUUUAAUAAAGCAUGGCAUCAACAAGUUAUUAUUGAAGAUUCAUCUAAUGAAACAGGCAAUGAAGAAAAUAUGACUCUAAGACAUAAACAAAAAGGAAAGCUUAUGUCACAAAAUGUAUUGUUUAAUGUAACUGAUGAAAGUGACAAUGACAAUGAUAACAGUUAUAAUAUAAUGGCUCAGUCAUCAUCUGCCACGUUGAAUAUUGUCAAACCUUUGUUUGUAAAAUCAAAUAGUAAUGCUCUAAUAGUUUCAAGUUUAGAAACUGAUAAUAGAAUGUCUUAUUUACUUAACCAAUCAACAUCUUCAGCCACUGAUACAUCAGUUGAACCUAUAGCAUCUUGUAGUUCAUUAACUGAAAAAGACAACUAUCAACAACUCUCUGAGUUAAUGCCUCCAGAACCCAAACAUAUUUGUUCUACAACGGACUUCUCAUUACAGUCAUCAAAUACAAUGAACACUUUAAAUCAGUCUGUUCUCCAACAAAAAAACUACGAUCCAACAAUGAACAUGAUGUUAAAUAGAAUAUUAUUAAAAGUAGAAAACAUUGAAAAAAUUUUGUCUAAACAUAAAAAUGAAAAUAAAAAUGCUCUGUUAGACAAUUCAUUUUUAUCAAAAUUCCCCAUUGAUAAUGUUGAAGGAUUUUUAUUGAUUGAAACUUGCAUUAGUAAUGAAAUUGAUUUUGUUUCAAAAUUGGAAUAUUUUAUUAGAUCAAUUGGAGGAAGGGAUGGCAAAGAACAUAUAAGAAGGUCUUUGACCAAACUUUUUACUAAUUCAUAUGCUGGUAAAUGUACGUGGACUGGUCGUGGAAAAAAUAUAAUUACUAAAGUAGGAGAUUCUGAAUUAAUCAGAAUACUUACAAAAGUUAUUAAAGAUAAUGCCAAAAAGCCCAUGACAAACUCUGAUGUAGAAAUAGAAAUUGCAGAAUGGCUUAGGCGUACUAACACAAGAGUACAAGGGGACAAAUUAAACGAGUGACAAUAUAAUUUUUUAUAUGUGUUUGUUUUUUUUUUUAUAUACAUUUAUAAUUACAGUUUUAAAAUAAUAUUUAUAAAAAGUUUUUAUUUAUAUUUAAGAAAGUACCAUUUUUAUUUCUUUAUUUAGAUUG